CGGUCAAUAUGUAGCAUGCAUCCUUGAGCCUCUUUUCGCCUGUUCCUCUUGCACCAUUUCUCCCAGCUCCGGCUUAUUGUUCCCUGUCAACAUGCUGCAAUGUAGGCCUUGUCCUCUUCCGACCCCUAUCUCUCGCGGCGGCUGUGGUCAUGUCCGACGCAGAUCAGGACUCCCUGGCAUACCUUGUCAACCACCUCUAGCUAUGAACUCCUCUCCCUCCCCCAGUCGCCACCGUUCCAACUACACUUGUACAACCCACCUGCGCCCCUUCUCAGCCAUCCUUGGGUCUCCGCCUGGACUGGAGUUGAUCCAAGAAGCCUGUGCCAGGUUGCCAGACAGCCUACCGUCACCGCCGACCUCGAGUUUACUAUUCCCAGCUUCUGGGCGUUUCAUCCAUGCUCCCCACGUCAAUCUCCCCGCUCCAACUUACCGUUCUUGGACUCGAGGUUGGUGACUAUGGCUAUGCCUCGAACUUUUUCUUGUACAUUGUUGCCCUUCCUCGGCAGACAUCCCUUGACGCCCUGUCUUCUGGAGUUGGGUCAGGAUGCUGUACCCACACGGGCUUGUCCACGUCGUCCCCAUCCAGCCCUGCCCCCGCCCUGUCAGUCUGUACUAUCUGUAUGGUGGUAUAUAUGCUCGGCCCAGCCUCGCGACCCAUCAGCCAGAAUGUGCCUUAUCCGCCUCUCUCGUUCUCUACCGCACUCGCUUUCACUUACUGGGCCAAGUGCCAUUCCGUUCAUUUCUUGGUGAUCUCUUCCAUUCGAAUAUCAUCGUCCAUUCUUUCAAAAUUCCGAAUACUCGCAAGUAGCCAGUUUUUGCUACUCUGGAUAGACGAGAUUUUUACACAAGUGUUGUUCAUUGCCCAGUUUUCCUUCUCCUCGCAACACACUUACUUGGUGGUCCGAAGACAAGUUUAUCAAAUACACAAUGCUACCAGCAACCGCUGGCCUUCUCCUGGCUCUCGUGCCUACUGCCAUGGCUCUUACCCCCCCACCGGCAGACGGCAUGAACAUCAUCUGGUCAGAGACAUUCCAAGGCAAUGCCGGCUCACCGCCUCGGCGUGACACCUGGGACGUGGCUCUGGCUAUCGACACAAACAACGAGGUCCAGACUUACACCGAAUCAUCCUGGAACGUUCAAAUAUCCGGUGGCGAAACUAUCCAGCUCAUCCCUCGCAGAUCAAGAAGCGGUGUUUGGACAUCUGCGCGCAUUGAAACCAAGGCGGCAUGGACCCCUCAGCCGGGCGGAAGGAUGAAGGUUCAGUCCAUGUUCAGGAUGGGCGAGAACGCGAACAAGCAGGGCAUGUGGCCCGCAUUCUGGAUGCUGGGUGAUGCCGUCCGCAACGGUGUAGAAUGGCCCCUCUGCGGCGAGCUUGAUAUUUUCGAGCAAGUCAAUGGCCAACUCUCCGCGACGGGCACCGUUCACUGCCAGCAAGAGGUUGGCGGCAUCUGCAACGAGCCAGCCGGUCGUGGCGUAGCCACUUCCAUCCCCGACAACGGCUGGCACACCUGGGCUUUGGAAUGGGACCGUACUUCCAACAACUGGGCCACGGAGACCAUCACAUGGACACGCGAUGGUGUCGUAUUCAGCCAACUGAGAGGUAGCGAUAUUGGGGAUGAGGGUAUCUGGGCCACGCUCGCUCACAUGCCCUAUUACGUGCUCAUGAAUGUGGCAGUUGGCGGUACAUUGCCGGGCCCUCCGACCGCGGCCACCCAGGAUGGCUAUGGUAGCAUGAUGGAGAUUGGAUAUCUUGCCGUUUACCAGUCGCCCUGAUUAUCUUCAUGUACAUCAUUGCCACGAAGCUUUGCAUGUUCGCCGCCCGUCCGGAGCCUGAGCCUGCUUGAUAUCGCAGCUGCAGCGCAGCAUCGACAUCCCUCAACCGCAUUAGGUUGACUGCCGCCACAACUUCAGAGGCAUACAGCCCAGUUUUACUAGCAUGGUCCCCUUCCUCAAUUCGUGGAGCGUGGUUCUCUUGUUCCUCUAGUAUAUAUACCCCUUUCAAUAGCGAUAUAGAGCGGCUGUUUUUCACCCUGAAGUAGCCACGAGACCGAUCAGGCCGGUCCCUUUGGGUGAGAUGGUUACAAACCACGACAUCUGCAAGUCAACCGUUCAAACUAUCCCUCGUCAUGUUCGAUGUUCAUGCACGAAAACAGGGAUGAUGUGGAGAAUAGAUGAUGCAGCAUGACAAGGGGCAAGACAAGUCUUCAAAACUACUUUUCAUCCUUCUUAUAGAUAAAAACCUCUGGAUUAAUUGUUGAAAGCCUGUCUGUACUAGGCUUGUAUGCAAAGUGUGCAACAACCACAACCGCAGAAC